AUGGAAGGAGAAGGAACCGAUUCGACCACCAGGGGAAGGAGGAACCCGGAUGAUGAAGACGAACCAAGGAAAGGUGCUAAGAGUGAGCAUGGCUCCAUUGGAGGUGCUUACCAUGAUGCAGAUAAUGUGAUCAACGCGGAUGGAGAUUCGGACUCCCACGAGAGAGGAAGCGUGAGUGGCUGGGGGAGUGCCUACGUGAGUUGCGACUCGGUGAAUGAUUCCAUUGGAGACUCCGCUUUGAAUGCGAACGAGUCGCUGGAAGAAAUUCCCAAUGAUGUGCUGAAGGACGUGCUGAGUGACAACUGGGAUGGCGAUGCCGAGGGGGCUCCGCAGGGCGCUCCAGAUGAGUAUGGGAACUCUCACCAAGAGAUCCCCUACAUGAAAAACCGUACGAAGCCCCCCAACGAGUUCACUCAAAGUCAACAUCCCUGCGAGUAUAGAAGUAAGAAUCAUUUUCUCCAGAGGAUCAUCAGAGUAACAGACAAAACGAUGGACUCUACAGAAAAUAUCCACCAUCUCUCUAACAACUCCAAAGAUGAAUUAAAGAAAACGUCCCUAUGUAAGUACUGGAUAAAAGGAAUGUGCGCAAAUGUAGAGUGUAACUUCGCCCAUGGUGAGCAGGAGCUGAAAUAUACUCAUGGAGUAUACAAGACAACUAUCUGCAAGAACUGGAAAAGAUAUGGAAUCUGUUCCAGUGGAAUUAACUGUCGGCAUGCACAUGGAGAAAGUGAAUUGCAACCAAAGAAUUUACCUCUACAUCUUUUGAAAAGAAAAAGUUGUUUUAAAGAUGAUCUCUACGUGACCAAGUGUGUGAAUGUGAAGGGAGAACAAUGCAUUGCGCUGACUGAUGGGAGACUUCUUAAGGACGGUGGCUUUGGAGAAAAUACAGGAGCUGUGCAGAGAGUCCCUCUACGAAGCGGUACUCGCAUGGGUUCAAGGUUUAGGGCGCAUAACAUCCAUCGGAGAAGUGGAGUCCCCCCGGACUACUCAAUAUGUGGAGCAGACACGGAGAGACAGAACAGUCACGGUCAUCAUCAGCAUAACCAUCCCCAUCAGAAUGAACGAUUCGACAUGGGAACAACCCCCCGCAGUAGAGACAACAGCGGGAAGUGCAUUACUCAUUGCAGCUCAUCUGCUAUGAUUCCAAAUCAGGGGCGAAACGAAAACAACGAGAGGAGUGCCACUAUGUGGUCAUACAAAAAGAUGAGCAAUUACCAGCGUAUGAUAAACAAAGGGGGGAAGUUCUAUCGGGAAACGACUCUACAUGAACAUCCUGUCUCAAAUGAAAGACACAGCGUGAAUUAUAUGAUUAGGAAAUUUUGUAACAUGUAUGGGGGGGAUAGCAAGAGCAUUACAUCUGGUACAUACAAUUAUGGGUUCGAUGUGAUGGAGAAGGGGCUUGGCUUGCUGCGGAACGGGUUCAGGGUGGAACAACCGGAUGAUUACCAAAGGGGAGACGACUCCAACGACAAUUUUCACCAAAUGAGAAACAACAUUACGAAGCAAAACUUACUGAUGAACAAGGUCCUAGAUGCACAUAAAAGAGAGUCUUACGAUGAGGAUCUCUUUUUGGAGUACCUUCCGAGGGUUAGAUUUGGAGAAGAGGUUGAAAAUCGCUUGUUGGACGUUAACACUCUUCGGAGGAGCAGUGUGCAUGUUAGCGGUGGUGCAGCGGGGGGAACUCUGUGCGAUAAUCGUGUGCUGCUGGGGGAUACGGGCUUCGAUGCGCCGGGAGAGUUUACACCCAGAAUGGAGAACUUCGGCUACGGAAGCAGCCACCUUCGCAAUGACUGCCUCAGGCGUGCCGACGGAGACACAUCCGUUUUGAAGAGCACUGCGGUGGGGGCACCACCCUGUGGAAGACUCCCGGACAAACAACCCCCCUACGACAGCAUGAAUUAUGUCUCCCUAUACGUGAAAAAGCAGGAAAGAGUUCGAAACGACUUUAGUGAUGAGGCGGGGGUGGCCAAGGUGGAUGGGAGGAAUGGCAUUGUUGGCCGUGUUGGCAGUUUUUCCGACAGGUUCACGAGACUAAACUCGGAUGUGCAUCCCCGUGCGCACCUGAACAGCAGAAGCUGCAACUGCAGCCUUGUGAGCACCAGAGAAAAACAUGCAAGCGGGGAGAAUGUGGUGAGCGGCGAUAACGUGGAGGAGUACCUAAUGAAGGAGUACCACUUUAGGCUGAAGAGCAUGUGGGUGAAGAAGGGCGACGAUGCAGCAAUGAAAAGGGAGUCGGGCUGUUACAGCGGCCUAUGUGAUGUCCAGGACGGAUGCUAUGGAAGGGAGAACGCUAUUCAGACGAACUGCAUGACCACCUUCACUGAGAAGACAACUACUGGAGGUACCACGAGUGGAAGACCCAGCAACGAAGUGAACAGGAGUGGAAACAUAGUAAGGAACAUAAUCAUAUCCAAUGGAAACGAUCUGGUUCUAAUAAACACUGGAAAUAUAAUGUACAAUUACAGCCAAAUAAAUAGCACCAAUGUGCUUCGUAAAAAUGGGAUCAAUCAAAAUUUUAGUAGCUUCCCAGACUUGAGGCUGACGUGGAAUGUGCAAAGGUUGGAGCACCAAUGCCAAAGUGCAAACCGGCACCUCAUAGAGGGACGGAGCGUGACAGAGGGACGGACACAAGAAGGAACACAGAGACGGACACCAAGAGAAACACGAAGGGUGACACAGAGAGGGACACAAAGCGUGAGACGUUUAAAUGAGGAGGGACCCUUUUCCACCGUCUCGUAUGAACAAGGAGACCUUAAACAGGUGCAUCGUGGGGGAUGCUUAAAUUGGGGGCGACUACCGCUGGAAGAUGGGCAGCAGAGGGACGAACCUCAGGAUAACCCCGUGGGGGGGCUUACCCAAGGAAGAGGAGAAAUGCACAGAUUUGCGGGAGAAGUUCGCGGUGACCAGGUCAACCGUGACGAGGUUGGCCGUUCCGAAAUUAUGGACAACUUGAGACGCAGCGCGAAGGAUGAGCUGCUAAGAAGCCUUCAUAGAAGCGGCCCUGAUGGAAGUUACUACUUCCCCACGUGUGCAGAAAGAACAUUUGGCAAAGCUGUCUCGCCAAGGGGAGAAGCAAAAGGUGAAGGGAGCCAAAUAAACGGUCCGACUCCUGUCGUCACCAACGGAAUGGUGUAUGCCGAUAUGGAGGAAGGGCAUAUAAAAUUUGAGCUCAACUGCAUGGAGAAGUGGACAAGUGAGGGAGGAGUGGCCCAGGAUUUGUAUGCACCGAAUGAGGUUAACCCAAGGGUACUUCCGAUGAGAGAAGUGAGCGCAGAGCGGGUGUCUCUUGCGCAGAUGGGCACAAUGGGAAGUGAUGCUAACCGUAGUGAGAUCGGAAGCGCUGAAAUAAGUGGAAGAAGUGGAAGAAGUGGAAGAAGUAAAAGAAGUGAACCGAGUGGACCAGAUGGAGAGGGACGAGUUACCCCCUUGCGAAACGGAAAUCCGCAGAUGAACAAACCGCACCAAGGGAAGGAGGAAGAGGAAAAAGAAAACCACCUCGGAGUCUUCCCAAUCGAUGAAACUUUCAGCCAAAGCAAGUUCCUCUCCGUCAGUGGAAAUAUGGAUUAUAGUGUUACUGGACAGAUUGAUGACUUCUUCGUGAGGGAAUUUCCUUCCCCCCUCUGUACGUCUCACAGCAAUAAACUGAGCCCCACGCACCUCUUCCUGGGAAGUAGCACAACUAAGAGUGGAAGCCACGCGAACGAUUUGUCUCCGUUCGAAAGUAGGAUGAACAGCACGGAGGUGUUUUUUCACUUUGGGAGGGGGGCUCAGAUAUACCAAGACACGUCAUCCGAGAUCCACCCCCUAGAAUCAGAGCCCAAGCAGCUUCAUCCGAGUUACGAUAACUUCUUUAAGCCUCAAAAUGGAUAA